AUGACUUUUAAGUUUGAAACUGCUUAUGUAUCUUGCGGCUGUAAUAAAGUUCCCCAUGCUGCUGACUGGGGUCAAAAUGGUUUAAUUUGCUUUGGAUCAUGUAAUUCAGUUAUUAUUUAUGACCCUACCGUUGGCGGGGAAGGAGGCAAAAUUUUACACACCUUACAUGGACAUAAAGAAAGAGUUAAUUCGGUUCGUUGGAUUAAAAGUAAUUUUCAAACUUGUGAAGAUUUAUUUGUAUCUGCAUCAGCUGAUAGUACAGCAAUUAUUUGGUCUUGGUCUGGUAAACAUCAAACUUGUGAACAAAAAUAUUGUUUAAAGGGGCAUACGAACAUAGUAAAUGUUGCCGAUGGCUUCAUUAGAAAAUUAAAUAAUGGAACUUCUAAUCCCUCCUGUAUCGUGGCUACAUCUUCGAUUGAUUCUAAAGUAAUGAUUUGGGAAACAUUAAAUGAAGAAGUAAAAUGUGUGGACACCAUCAAAUGGGCUUCAGGAUUUUGUAUAGAUAUUAAAUUAACCAUGUUACCAAAUACUGAUGUUUUGCUUUUGGCUUGUUCAGCUGAUGAUAAUAAAGUUCACUUAUUUGGUGAAUAUAAAAAAUCGGAAACUGAUCAAACGGACACUGAGCAAAGAUUUUAUAAAAUUCAUAUUCUAUCAGGUCAUGAUGAUUGGGUGAGAUCUAUGGAUUUUUUUUGUAGUGGUAUACAAGAUUUGUAUUUAGCAACAGGUUCCCAAGAUACUUAUAUUAGGGUCUACAAAUUUGAAAAAGAAAUGAAAUAA